AAUUUGUCAUUAACGUUAGACGAGAAGUACUGAAAAUAACAUCAUGGCCAUAUUUGUUUGGAAGAUUUACUAAAUAACUUAAAAUGAUUUGAAUAUUGGAAUGGCUCAGAAUACUAGUUUCUUUUUCGGAACUUUUCUCAUUGUUUUAUCAAUAUCGAUUUUGUUUGGAAAAGUGGUGGCUUCAGACUGUCUCCGGACAAAGACGUAUGAGUAUAAAGGUCACCAGCAGACGACGAAAGAUGGACAGACAUGUAUAAGAUGGGAUUCUUUUGAUCAUAAAUACAGUAACCCUGAUAAAUUCACGGAAGCUACGACAUCUGAAGACGAAAAUUACUGUCGUGAUCCGGAUAGACAUGGUUAUCUCUGGUGCUAUGUGUCCUCAGAUAAGGACUGGGGAAAGUGCGACAUUGACAAAUGUGACACUGUCGACGUAAAGCAAUGCGGAAGUCUGAAGAUAGAACAGCCAACUAUACUGGGAAGAAAUGUUACCUUCACUUUUACCCCGGAAACAACCUCAGACGCAGACCUUGACUGGCAGCGGGCAAAUGAAAGAAAUGUAUGGGGUACACUUCCUAAUCAUAAAAAGUUUACACAAUAUUUUCAAAAUGGAACAUAUUACUUGGUGUUAACUGACACUGUCAGAGACUAUGACGAACUAUUUUACCGUGUUGGUUAUACGAACAAUAGCGUUAGCUGUUUAAUGAAGACUCCUAAACUUCAGCUUCAAGAUAUUUCAAGCUAUACAUGUGGAUUUGUUUACCUAAGAACAACAAAAGUGAAAGAAGGCGAGAACGUAGAACUAGAAUAUUAUCCAUCGGAAUAUGUUAAUCAAUAUCCAGAACACAUUGUACGACAAUGGAUGCAUUCUACAGAUCAACCUGUUUCAAUAACCUUGACGAAAGAUGUGUAUGAGGAAGAAAGGGAACCGAAUGAUAAAUAUGUGUUGACUAUUAUUAUGUUCAAUGAUCGAAUGAAUGGCCGAUACGGAGUUUACUGUGGCGGAAUAGCGGGCUAUUCAAAUAUGGUCAAAGUGAUAUUACCAGUUGCACCAAGCACACCAGCAUUUGAAGGUUUAAAGGAUAUAGACGACUGUAAGGGGUGUAUUGUUGGUGAGGAUGGUGAUCAGUUCAGUGUUCUCUGCAAGACAAGUGGUGGUACACAGCCAAUAAAAGUCACCAUGUCAAUAGGAAAUGAAUCACUAAGCCCGCAACGAUAUAAUGACACAGCGGGUUACAAGGCAUUCUUUACUCUUCUCAACAGACAUCAUAUGGCAAUAAUGACCUGCACAGUUAUGAACGAUGCAUUGACAUCGUCUUUUAUCAUCACUGCACAUGUGUAUGUUAUCAAGUCGCCUAUAUUCCAUUUGUUUAUGGUACCUGGGAUCUUAAAAGAAGGAGAAACCGUUAAUAUUACUUGCGUAGUAAAAAAUGGCAGGCCUGCUCCAAAAGUACACAUGAAAGUUUCUGAUACGGAAGUACCGUCUGCUGUCCAGACGGAUUAUUUCAACUCUUCCACCUCUUUAAACACUAAUGCUGUCACCAUGACAACAUUUGAGCCAAUCUGGAACAGAGAAAACAUCACAUGUUGUCGUUACAGUGAAUGGUAUAAGAUCACCAGCGAGUGUUCCCCGCCAAAACAGGUCACAUUUUUGUAUUCGCCUGUUAUUGAAUUCAACAUAUCUGGUUCAGUUUUAAAUAUUUCUGAAGGAGAACGGACAUACGUUAAGUGUUCAGUCAAAAGCUUGCGCACCUUCAACAUAUCAUGGGUAGAACAUACUGAUGAUGGAAACAUGUAUCAAAAGCACUGUCACAUGAAAACAGACUGCCUCAUAGUAAUAGAUGCGUGUCGUAUCUCACAACGGCAUUUGAAUUGCCAGGCCAGCUCUUUACAGACAACCGAUAAGAAAACAUUGACAGUUAAUAUUUAUGAGAAAGCUGAGCAACGUUUCAACAACCAGGAUACAACCGGCUUUAGGGGCAACUCGUUUAUCUGGAUCAUUAUAAGUUCUUGUUCAACUGCUAUCCUUAUUGGUGUAUUCACCGCGUGUCUAGUCACAAUAAAGAAAAUGAAGACUGCUAAAGCAAAAUGGGAAACAAAGCAAGUGAGGCACAGAGCAAAUGUUGGUGGAACGAGCAGGAACGAUGUGGAACUUGAAGUUCGUGCGUAUGAAGACUUGAAUGAUGCCAGGCAUGCAACUGGGCAAUUGGAAUCAACGUAUUCUCAACUAUCUCCAUAGACUUACAAUGAAAUGAUCUAGUGAUAGCAAUAGAUCAAGUGACUUAAGAAAAUGUCAAAAUCUAUCUGAUGCCCCUGUUUCACGUCUUCAGAUAUUGAUGCAGUUCGGGGAAGUUGUCCACAAAAAAAUAUUGUCCUAACUGUGGAAAUGGGUGUGAAAUUAAAAGGCGCAAAAUAGUUAAAUAUUUAAAAUUAUUAUCUUGAAGAAAGAUUACCAUUUCUUAAUCGAUCUAAAAACGUCAGUUUAACAUGUAAUUUGAAGAUCAAAAUACUCUAUUCAUAUACAAAACAUUGUAAAUACAACAACUGUGAAUUUAUACUUUAGCUAAACUUUUCACAUAGUAUUACAUGCCUAUAUUAUAAAACCAAAAAUCGUGCACAUUGUGUGGAUUUACGUAGAUUGAGAUAAACUGGAAAUGUCUAUAUUUUGAUCAGACAAUAGAGAGAUUGUUCACGUUUAAAACGUUUCUAAAAAUUUUACAAACCAAAUAUAAAGUUUUAAACGUGCAUAUAUACUUAUAGAGAUGAAUAGAAUUGUAUGUACAAUUUUAAAAUUACAUCCUCUAUAGUACCUUGGGGUGAGCGUGUAGGAGUAGAAAUGGAAAGACUUUGUUCUAAAUUAAAACCAUCAGGUCAUACCAAAUUGAUUCAUAGUUCUUCGGAAAAAUUUUCAAAAAAAUGGGAGCGAGAGAGCGAAUUUUUUUUCUUCUCAAUUUUGAUUUUUUCAGAAGCGGGUAGCUUUUACAUGGAGCGAGCGGGUAUUUUUUUUAUUUGGCAGUUAUGAUUAUACAUGAAGUUAACAUUUCUUUAAGAAUAACACAGAACUUAAACAUUUACAGUGUGGCUAACACAGUAGAUAGCUUUUCUAUAUGCUAAAGACUACAUGAAUGGUUUUGCAAAUAAAUUCUUGCUAAAACUCACUGAAUCACUUUGUUUUUAUAUUGUAUUUAUAAUUACUAAGGGAUGAGUGUCUUAUUUUUAAUUUUGAUUGUUCUACAUUAAUCUGAAGGCGUGCCCAUUUAACGGCAGAGGAUGAGGAACAAAACGGGCACCCAAGUGGUAUAACAUAUCUUCUGAAACCCAGUUAGAUGGCUUCGACACAUGAGCAACUUUGUGCCCCUAGUGAAACUCCAAACGGUAGAGGUGAGGGGAAAGUAAUAAAUUACUUGACUAGUGAGACCAAACGGAGUUGGGCACACAAUUUAAUGCUUCGACAUUGCUCGAAUCCCAUUGGAAUAAUUUCUUAACAGAUCAGGCUAGCUUAAGUUUUUGUGGUAGAGGUUCAUUUCAGUCAAAAAUGAUAACAGACGGACAAAAUAAUGAUCCCAAUAUGGCCACCAUAAAAGUGUUAUUUGUUUUGCUUUGACUGACCAAGAAAUUUUGAGUUGGGAAGGUCUUUGUUUUGGGGUUACAAUACGACAGAAAUUAUUUUUUAUAUCUACACUACUUAUUUGAAAAGUUUAACAUUUUUUUUUCUUCAAAUUGAAUAUAUGCAUUUUGAUAGAAUAUCUGACUGCAGUACUAAAGAAGUUUCGUUCAAAACGAUUUGGGCCCGAGACAAUUAAUGUGAUGGAUCAGUCAGGAUCUGUGAACAAACGUUUUUUUUAAGAAAGCACUGGCUUUGGUUCUAGAUCUAAAAUACUGAACUAAACUACUGAUAACAAAUGGUUUGAAAACUUUAUCUGAACAAUGUUUCUAUGUUUAAUCGAAAUAUUUUUAAUUGAAUCCCCGUGAACGUCUUACAAGUCGGGCUUUGUUCUUUUCACUGUAUUGAACAAUCGUAGAACGUGCCUACUUCAUCACCUACCGGCACAUCGAAGGUCAUGUGUGGCACUAGCACAGACACUCCAGAUUUAAAACAAAUGAUGAACAACAUCAUAAUUCCUGACUUUUUGAGUUUGAGUCAUCAGCUACAUGUAUUACGAACGCAUGAAUUCCGAUCAAUAUCACUUCGACGCAUUAAAACCUGUUUUGCCGUUAUCAUUCCGGACCGCGUAAGCAGAAAAAAAAAAAUUGUCGGAGAUUUUUAUGUACGUGCGGGCGGGUGAUUUUUUUUUCUUUUUCUCGGGAAUGAAAUCAUUGAUGCGGUAGUUCCGAGGAACGACAAAUCAAUUUGGUAUGGCCUCAACUGUGUUAUGUUCCACUUGACAUGCUUAAUUACGGCGAACAGUUUACCCUUUUACUGAGAGGGUUGAGGGUUGGGAGCUUCUAACAUUUGUAAUGAACACUGAAAAGAAAUGCUGUUCACACAAAUCCAUAGCGUAUUUCUACGUUCAGACACAUUAAGUGACCUUUUUAUAAGAUAUUCUUGAUUAUUAGAUUAAUUGCAUACGAUUAUACAUUUUAUCUUAAUGUGAUCAUAAUUACUGUAGUAGUGUGUAAAAAGAUAAAUUUGUUGUGCUCUGC